AUGCCAGCUCACACCCACCAACACACCAAUCACGUCAAGCUAUGGUCGGCCGCUUGCGGUUUGCAGGGGGGCUUUCCAAAGCUCCCAGCUCCAAACACCCUAGACGACGACAUCACUCUUGACAGAAAGUUGACACAACCCGCAACCUCAGUCUCCUCCCUCACGAACUGUAAACCAACAACCCCUUUCACAAGAGCCUCUGAACACCCGACCGCAAAGAUGGGCUCAGAACCCCAGUACGCAAAGUACCCUCUCCUCCCGCUCGCCCAGCAUGUCUUCGCCCUCACAAACGCCUACGCUUCCCGGCCAUCUCAACAAGCCGCCGCGAAAGCUCUCAACGAUGCCAUCACGGAGCACAAGAUGGCACCGCUCUACCGUUACCUCGCACACCCGCUCGAGGGUAUCCUGAACCAGGUCGGCGAGGGUGGUAGUCAGACUCCCGGUAAGCCGCUGAGCCGGAAGUCGAGUCUGGCGGGCAUGAUCGCCACCAAGAGCACGCCGACCACCGUCAACUUGCCUUGGGACGAGGCUCGGUACCAGGAGCUCAAGGCCGAAAAUGACAGAGAGUUGGAGGAAUUCCAGAAGGAGGAGGAUGAGGCCGUGGAGAAAGCCGGUGACACGGAAAUUCAGGCUGCGCGGGGCAAGCGGGCGGAGUUCUGGGCCAGGGUUGGCGACAAGGACCGGGCAAUUGCCGCAUACGAAGACGUUUUCGAGAAGACCGGUAUCCUGGGUACCAAGAUCGACUUGGUUCUCGCAAUAAUCCGGAUGGGCCUCUUCUACGGCGACAAGCUCCUUGUCAAGAAGCAUGUCGAGCGUGCAAAGACUCUGGUCGAAUCUGGCGGUGACUGGGAUCGUCGCAACCGUCUCAAGGCUUACGAGGGUAUCUACCUUCUGACUGUCCGAUCGUACAGCCUGGCAGCCCCGCUGCUGCUUGACAGCUUGUCCACCUUCACCAGCUACGAACUCUGCACCUACUCUUCGCUCGUUGUUUACUCAGUCCUCGCCGGAUCCGUAUCUCUGAAGCGCGUUGACUUUAAGAGCAAGGUCGUCGACGCUCCCGAGAUCAAGGCUAUCCUUGGUGACGGAGAGGACAAGCUCCUGGCUCUGUCCGGUGCACUCAGCGCCGGCCCCGGUGCUGACGACACUAUGCAAGACUCCCCACCGACCACCGCAGCUGCCAAGACUGCAGUUAAUUUGACAACCCUCGGCACGAGCACCGAUCAGCCCGAGGCCGAGAUGGCCAUUGACUUCUCCUCUCUGGCCCAGCUUGUCUCGAGCCUGUACAACGGCCAGUACAAGUACUUCUUCCAAGCCCUUGCCGAGGUUGAGGAGAACUUCCUCACACAGGACCGCUACCUGCACGAGCAUAAGAACUGGUUUAUCCGCGAAAUGCGCCUUCGCGCGUACCAGCAGCUUCUCCAGAGCUACCGUGUGGUUGGCUUGGAGACAAUGGCGACAGACUUCGGCGUCACUGUUGAUUUCCUGGACCGUGACCUAGCCAAGUUCAUCGCGGCCGGCCGCAUCCCCUGCACAAUCGACCGUGUCAGCGGCAAGGGCGUCAUCGAGACCAAUCGCCCCGACGACAAGAACAAGCAAUACCAGGACGUUGUUCGCCAGGGCGAUCAGCUCAUCACGAAGCUUCAGAAGUACGGCCAGGCCGUGCGUCUCAGGGGAAGCGAGCGGGCGUAAUCUGUCAGUGGGGUCGUCGUGGAAAGACAGGAGGACCAACGCGCUCUCUCUGUCUGUCUCUCUCUCUUCACCAAAUGCUUACACAAUCGUUCGUUCCGCCCUGGCUUGGGACGACAAAAGGCGCGAGGUAGAAAUGGCACGCGGUGAUUAUAACCGGGGGUUGGGCAAGCAAAUGUGUGCUACCACAAUAACUCUGUAUGAUACCUACGGAUUAGACGAGCCAAUAUGAGAAAACUUGGCUUGAAUGGACCGCCUCUUCGCCCCGUUGUGAUGCUU